GUCAAUAAGCAGGCAGUGCGAGACGAGCCGCGCACAUAGCGGCAGAGGCAGAGAACAGCGCUCUCUAUCUGAUCAGGCAGAGCUCCAGGCAGAGUCGGACUACAGCUUACACAUUGCAGAAGAUGGGUCCCAUGUGUGUCAGGAGGCCGGUGUGGAACCACAGCUUAAUGGCUACACUGUUUCUCGUGGGAUUGCUUUUCCCACCCUCAUACUCCUGUUAUGGACAGAUCGACCCCCUAGCUCUGGGUCGGGCGAACCCUCAGUGUUGGGAAUCCUCCUCUGCCCUUCUUCUUGAGAUGAGGAAACCCCGGAUCGCGGACACUGUCAGCGGUUUCUGGGAUUUCAUGAUCUACCUGAAGUCGUCGGAUGAGUCCAAGCAUGCUGCUCUCUUCUGGGUCCUGGCACAGCUCUUCUGGGACAUCUACGUGGACUGUAUGGUAUCGCGGACCCACGGACUGGGACGGAGGCGGUUCACUGACAAUGAGAAGGAACUAACCGCUCUCCACACUCAGAUCUCAGGCAGGUCCUACGUAGAGGGUCAAUGGGUGAAUGAUGCUAGGGAGAAGGAGUUUGUCCAAGACUGGGUUGGCAUCCAAGUUUACAGAAGUGGCCAUGGCAUCACGCAGAACAGGAUAGCAAAAAGCAUGGAUCUCAAAAGAGCCUCCAGCACAUAA